CCGAUGUAAAUCUAUAGCCGUACAUAUCCGGACUUGGAGAAAAUGAUUGUUGACUGUUGAGAGAGCGAACCUUUUACCAAACACCUUAUAUGCGUUUGGAGAGCAUGUGCUUCUCUUGAUGUCUUAUUAUUUUGGCUUGUCGGAGUGAAAGGGAUGGAAUUCUCGAUCGGUAUUUAAGGAAGUCAGGGUGUAGUGGCCGGUGGCCGGUGGGUUGUAAGAAACCAAACAUUGUUUUCUGGCGUUUUCAAUUUUGAAGGGUGGGUGUUCCGUGUUCGUGUUCCCAAUCCCCCAGGUCAGUCAUCACUGAUCAGUGAUUACUUAACGGAGAGAAACUAGAUUAUUAGAAACUAUGGCUUCUCAGACUGUGCUGAAAAAGGCGGCCUGCGUCAUUGGAGGCACCGGUUUCGUGGCUUCUCUUCUCAUCAAACUGUUGCUUGAUAAAGGUUAUGCUGUCAAUACCACUGUCAGGGACCCUGAAAAUCAAAAGAAGGUCUCUCACCUCUUGGAGCUACAAAACUUGGGAGACCUAAAAAUCUUUCGAGCAGAUUUAACUGAUGAAGGGAGCUUCGACGCUGCUAUCUCAGGAUGUGACUUCGUCUUCCAUGUUGCAACUCCGGUGCACUUUGAUUCUGAAGACCCCGAGAAUGACAUGAUCAAGCCGGCAAUUCAAGGGGUGUUAAAUGUUUUGAAAGCAUGCAAGAAGUCGAAGGCCCUGAAACGUGUUAUUUUGACAUCAUCAGCAGCCGCUGUGUCGAUUAAUAAGCUGAAUGGCGUAGGUCUUGUCAUGGACGAGAGUUGCUGGACCGAUGUUGAGUUCUUGACUUCUGAAAAGCCACCAACUUGGGGAUAUGCAGCAUCGAAGACACUAGGGGAGAAAGCAGCCUGGAAAUUCGCUGAAGAAAACCAGAUGGACCUCAUCACUGUCUCACCUUCUCUCAUGGCUGGCUCAUCUCUUACCCAGGACGUGCCCUCCAGCGUUUGUCUCGCCAUGUCCUUACUCACAGGGAACGAGCUCCUAAUCAAUGGCAUCAAAGUCAUGCAAACUUUAUCAGGUUCAAUCUCAAUAACACACGUGAGGGAUGUUUGUCGGGCCCAGAUCUUCUUAGCCGAGAAGGAAUCAGCUUCUGGUCGAUACAUCUGCUGUCACAUCAACACAAGUGUUAUAGAGCUUGCGAAGUUCCUAAGGGAAAGAUACCCACAAUACAACGUCCCUACUGAGUAUGAAUUCGGUGAUUUUCCCAAGGCCAAGCUGAUCAUCUCUUCGGAGAAGCUGAUUAAAGAAGGUUUCAGCUUCAAGUAUGGGAUUAAAGAAAUUUAUGAUCAAUCUGUCGAGUAUUUCAAAAGUAAAGGGCUGCUCCAGAACUAAUUAAGGAGAUUGUUUCUUUUACCCAGAUAUGCUAUCUGGUUAGCAUUGUAUCUAUUAUGAUUUAUGAUUUAGCUCAGCAGUAAGCACUGAACUAGACAGAGUAGUAGAGUACUAUGGAGUGUUUAUUUGUCUCUCCAUAUAAAUGUUAGAUAUCUUAUUAAAUCACAAGUGCACGCACAUAAUACGACAAUAAGGUCUGUCUUUUCCA